UUUUUCUGUUUAUUUCCACAAGCGAUCCGUUAUCACGGCAGCAGGUGAGCCGUAUGUUGGCUUAUUAAUGACGUAGCCUAUCAAACAACUGAAACCACCAUCUGCACCCUGUGUGUUCACUGUUGUUUUACCUGUUCUGUAAAAUCAACCGCGACUUGUAACGCAAGUUAAUACAUCAAUUUACGAGAUACCGAGUGAAGUCUGAGCGAGAACACAUGCACAUAAGACUGCUGCCCCCGAUUACAUCGUUUUGUAGACGUCACCCAACUCUAUUUAGCAUAUAACUAUUUAUAAAGACUUAACAACUUCUAAACAAAUAUGUAACCAGUGACUAUUCUAAACGUCACAGCAAAUAGUAAGACAAUGACGUGCUAAAUGUUUGUUUCCAGAUUAUCUAUGCAAAUAUACUUUAAUGUGUAUGAUUGUCUUCCAUUGCAUAAUAUGAACAGUUCAACAUUUUAAGUUGAUGUAUUGUAAAUAUUAAAUACCUUUUUGCUCAGAGAUGGAACUGUCUGAGCAGUUGUAGCCGACGUCAUUCAAUAAAUAAAAUUUAUAGUUUUGAUUAACAGUGAUUUAGUUUGUUUUUUGUGAUCAUUUUUUUCUUUUAAACUUAUGGACAAUGUCCAAGAGGAAGUUUAUUUGGAUAAUUUGUGAUAUAAAUAGACAUGGUGUGGCUUGCUGAGGUGACAGCCGCUGGGACAAAGAUGAUGUACGUUAUUGAAGGUCCAUUUCUAAUAUCCACUGUGUCUCAGUAUGAAUUUGCCACCCACCCUCCAGGGAACAUUAACAGGUUCCUUCAUCAUCUGUGAUAAUGGAUGUGUUUGCUUUCAGCUGAGAAAAAUGCCUGUACUACAGACCACUGCCGUGGACCUUGUUACCUAUUAACUUCCCCUUGUACAGCUAGCUGAAAGUCCAAAUAGGAGACAAGUUACAUUCUCCUGAUCAGUUUAGUCAGGACUUAUAAAUGGUCCAAGUGCGCCACAAAACUUAGAAGCAGCUUGUUGAUACUGAAUCAUUGUCGCUGAAUAAGGAAACUGACCUAAGUGACUUUCCAGAUGCAUGAGUUAAUAAUCUGGCUCAGAAGCGUUAAUACUAUUUCUGCUCACAUUUAACAGUAUUUUCCUAGCAGGCAAUGGAAAUCCCACCUUAUUGUUCAUAUUAAAAAGUCAAAGCAGGUCUGUGGGUCUAUCAUUUGACCUGUUAAAUUAAGAAAACAUAAAAUGCAAUAAAGGAUUCUGUAUCUUGUGUUCAUUAGCCAUUUUUAGCUGAACAAGCAAUUAAACGUGGGAGCUGGGGUUGUGUUGGCAUUUGAAAUGAGGCUUCAUAAAUACUGUAAUAGAAAAUACCACAAUGAUGAGUGAUGUUAUGUGGUUGCAACAUGAAAAGAGCUGGUUAGUGGAGAUUGAUUCCAGCUCUUCCCAAAAGUCCCAUGCUGCUGCAAGAUCUGAGGUCAACGGAAAGGAAUAGGUGCUUGCUUAAUCCAUCAAGACAGAUUUUCACAAGAACAAUACAUACAGAAGUUGAAGAUUUUCAAGAUUUUACGUUGGAAAUGUUCUAAAUCCUCUGGCUUUUGGACAGGUUAUAACCUGUGUUUUGGUUAUUCUGUGUGUGAAACCUGUGUGUUAGAUUACUGUAGCUGAAAGUUAAUGUUUACGGUCAAUGUAAGGGCAAAGCAGUGUUUAAUGACUCCUGACCAAGUGACCCUGUAGGUGUCAAAGGAGAAUCGCUCUGAACAGAUCUGACCACUGUUUUCUCCCCUCAUAUCACUGUGCCAUGUCAACCAUAAACUCCAGACAACCCCCCUCCUUUUCUUCUGCCUCCUUAUUUUCCCUCAGAAGCAGUUAAUUCCAUUUCCAUUUUUCAGCGUACUCUGGUUUAAUAUGUUGAAAAGAGACCAGACUAAUAAGUACUAAUUUAUGUCAAAUCUUGCCAAGGCUCUUUGUUCCUCUGCAGCCGCAGCCUCAUCAGGUCACCCUCCAGCUUCUGCUCAGCAUUCAAUUAAACUCCCUCUUCCCAUCAGAGCAGAUCACAUCAGUGCUGCACCUACUGGCUGCUAUAACUGACCAGACCAUGCCUGCUCGCCUGCUUGUCUUUCUGCUGCCAGUGCUGUAGUGGACACUGAGGUGGUGGAUGUACCAUAAUCCUGGCAAAACCCAUUAUGGUUCUGAUAAAAAAAGAAACUAAUACGUGAUCACGCUCUGUAUUUUGCAGAGAGACUAAUGGGUGAACCCUCCACUAUUGCCGUCAACCACUAUCCCAGCCCAGCUCCACUCCUCACAAGCUGCUGACAGAUAUCUGAGCAGCAGGUCAAGCCUGAGUUGGUGCAGAGGUCUGAGAUUCCACAGGUGUUGGCUCAUGAACUGGGCUGCCUUUGACAGAACUGGGGCUUGGCUGGCAUUGGGAAGUAUAAAACCUGAGACUGGGCUGACAAUCAGGGAGUACAAACAAGGUGGAGCAGCCGUGAAGUGCAGUAAACCACAGAGAGGCCCUGCUUGAGUACUUCUUUCUUUCUCCUUCAGGGAACCAGAGGAAACACAGUCGCUGCCGCCACCAUGAGCCGCAGCCCGGAGAGGAUCUCGUCCUACCGUCGUCACUUUGAGGACAGCAGCAGCUCAUCCUACCAGGUCAGGGUUUCCAGCCCAUCCCCCACAAGGAGAGAUGCCCGUCAUGCCUCCGCCGGCUACUCCUGCAGAGACCGGGGCAGCAGCAUGCGUGUGGAGUCAGUGGGACGGAGGACCGUCUCGGCUGCACGCAGGACUCGUAUGGUUGGAGCAGGUGUGAGUGCAGGAGCCAUGGUAUGUGUUGGGCCAAGUGGAGAACCUGCUAUAGAUCUUGACGUGGCUGCAGCUGAGAACCAUGAAUUCCUCAACACACGCACAAGUGAAAGACAGGAGAUGGUCGUCCUCAAUGACAGACUGGCUGUAUACAUUGACAAGGUUCGAUCACUUGAGCAGCAGAACAAGUUACUGGAAACAGAGAUUGAGGCCUACCAGAACCGCUUUGAGAAGCCAUCAGGUCUGCGCCUCUUAUAUGAGGAACAGCUGAGGGAGCUGAAAAAGAUCGCUGACCAGAUGAGAGUUCAGCGGGACAUCUCCUUGGCGGCUAAAGAGUCCACAGCUGCUCAACUACAGGCAAUCAAAAUCAAAUAUGAGGAGGCAAUGGAGCUGAGGAGGAAAGCUGAGUUAGACAUUGAAGCCUUCCGUCCAGAUGUUGACAACGCUACCUCCUCACGCAUUGCCUUGGAAAAGAAGCUGGAGCAGCUGGAGGUUGAAAUUGAAUUCCUAAAACGGGUCCAUCAACAGGAAAUUGAUGAGCUCAUGAAACAGAUCUAUGCAGCUCAUGCCUCAGCUCAGAGUGCAUUCAGUUUACCUGACCUGGCAGCUGCUUUGAAACAAAUCCAAACACAGUAUGAUGACAUCGCAGCCAAAAAUCUCCAGGAGAUGGAUUCAUGGUAUAAAAACAAGUUUGAAGAUAUAACCAGUAAGUCGUCAAGGCAUGUGGGUAUGGUUCGAAGCAUUAGAGAAGAAAUAGCGGGGGCCAAAAAGGACAUCCAAAGCAAAGAACGUGACUUGGAUACCCUGAGGACCAGGAAUGAGGCUCUUGAGGCCCAGAUCCGAGAGACGCAAGAAAAGUACAGGAAGGAACUGGAAGAGCUGCAGGCUCGGAUUGAGGCCCUGCAGCUGGAGCUAAAAUCCACCAAGGAGAAAAUUGCGCUGCACCUGCGUGAGUACCAGGACCUCCUGAAUGUCAAGAUGUCUCUGGAGAUUGAGAUUACAACAUACAGAAAACUUAUUGAAGGAGAGGAUCUGCGUCUCUCUGGCAUGAUGCAAACCCUGUCUCUUACCAGCUGUAGCACAACCGCCAUUGGUGCUGGGAUGAGCUUUAGUGGAGGAGGCAUAGGUGGUGCUGGCGGAAUGGGUGGUGGGCUGAUUGGAGGUAGUGGUGGAGGUGUUGCAGACAUGGCUGGUGGUCAUGGAUUGGGAGCUGGGAGUGGAGGUGGAGGUGUAGGAGCUGGUGCAGGCCGUGUGGGUACUGGUGGAGGCAGUGGAGGGAUGGGUGCUGGAGGAAUUAGCGGUGUUGGCUCUGGUGUUGGAAGCGUUGGUGCUGGCAGAUUGGGCACUGGUGCCGGAGGUGAGGGCACUGGUGCUGGAGGUGAGGGCACUGGUGCUGGAGGUGUGGGCACUGGUGCUGGAGGUGUUGGGGCUGGAGGUGUGGGCACUGGUGCUGGAGGUGUUGGGGCUGGAGGUGUGGGCACUGGUACCGGAGGUGUGGGUGCCAGUGUUGGUGGAAAUUUGAGAUUCGGCACCAGAGGGAGAGGUGACAGCGGUGUGGGUGCUGUUGGAAUAGGUGCAGGUGGUGACGCUGCAGGUUCAGGUGGCAUGGGUGGCACUGGCAUGGGGUUCAGUGGAGGAAAUGGCGUUGUUGGUGGAGGGACGGGUGAUGGAAUUGGUGGAGGCUUCGAUAGGGAUGGAGGUAAAGAUCGUGGAAUGGAUCCUGCUGGAAUAAGUGGCGGAAUCAGAGUUGGUGAAGGAAGAGAUGGUGUGGGCGCAGGUGAUGUAGGUGCACUGUCAGGCGUUGGUGGAAAGGGAAAAAUUGGUGGGGGACUUGGUGACACCAGGGGUGCCGGGAUGGGAUAUGGAUCCGAUGGAUAUGAUGCAAACAAUGAUGCCCACGCAGAGCAGGCUGUGGAGCUGACGGAGAGAAGGACGGUGCUCAUUAGGUAAAGAACAGUCAAAAAUGAGGAUGACGUGCUGGAGACAGACCACCAGGAACAAACCUACACCAUCACCGGUGCAGCCGAUGACUCUGAUGAUGACUGAGCAGCUCAAAUUCCCAAGUGACCUCCCCUUGCCCUUAAACCUCCACGCCCCUCAGAGCUUUGCACUCACCAAACCCCAUGUCUGGACAUUGACCUUUGCCCUUUGCCCUGGAAAACUGACCCUUUGCUACCGAGAGAAACCUUCUCCUCAUAGGGUUUAAAUAUGCCUCACUAUCAACAUUCAACAUGGUCUCUAAACUUUUGUGUGCCUUACACUCCCCCCCUUUUUUCUACUUGUCGCAAAUAAAGCUAUCAGCAUUCAA